AUCUUCUAAUAGUCUGUGUUAUUCAGCCAAACCGCGCGCGCCUCCGCGGUUUGUUAUUAAAUAAAAAACAUUAAAAAAUAACAAUGUUUAUAGUGCGGAGGUUUUUUGCUUGGAAAAAUGGAUCGAGGUUCAAUCAGUACUUGAUGGCUGUUAUAUUAUCGAUCCCUCUCCUUUGCUUCGGCAUGAUUCAGGGCUGGCUGUCUCCUAUGAGAAGGAUUCUGGAGUCCUCAGAAAACCCAAUAGACCACCCGUAUACCAAGGAUGAGUACUCCUGGGCGGCGUCCGUUACGUAUAUCACAGCAAUCAUAGUCGGACUUCCCCUGGGUUACUUCAUGGACAGAUUUGGUCGAAAAAUUAUGAGUCUAGUCACUAUAUCGACAAUAAUGGCAUAUUGGCUGAUAAAAAUCAUAAGUCUUGAGCCUUCGUCGUUCAUCAUAGCGCGCGCCGUGGCUGGAUUCCCCUGCUCGGCCGUCUACAUCAUCAUGCCAUGCUACAUCAAGGAGAUCAGCGACAUUGACCUUCGGAGUGCCUUUGGAUCACUCUACAUAUUGAUCAGAAACGUCGGUUACCUGACAAGCUACGUGCUCGCAGAUCUGCUGAGCGUGUACGCCAUGCUGUGGGUGGGCUUCGGUGUGGCUGCUGUUAUAUUUCUACUGUUUCUUCUGCUUCCAGAGACGCCUGAAUAUCUUAUCAAGACGGGGAAGGUUGACGAGGCUAAGGAAGUGUUGGCGUGGCUCCGCGGCAUCAACGUGACCGACGACCGGCUGGUCCGGGAUAUUGACACAAUCAUCUACCGUGAUAAGCAGACCACUAUGGAAGCGAAGUCCACGUGGGCCACUAUUUUUCACGACGCAACCACCAGAAAAGCCUUUAUAAUAUCCUGGGUCAUCAAAGUGGCCCAGCAGUUCGACGGCUACCUGAUCGUGCUCAUCUACGCCAGCUCCAUCUUCGAUGUGGCGGCAGACUCCGUCAACAUCAAGCUGUCUGCCAAUCAGCAGGUCAUGGUGGUGGGGGCAGUUCAGCUGGUUGGCUCCAUGUCUGCCACGGCGCUCGUCGAGAAAACAGGAACGAAGAAACUGCUACUCGGUACAUCAUUCACAAUGGGUGUGGGCAUGGGCAUACUAUCAAUUUGGUUCUACCUGACGGCGUCAGGCUGGAGUCUGCCUGGCUGGAUCCCGGUGCUGGCGCUGUGCCUUGCCAUCAUCUCUGAUGCGGCUGGCUUUCAGCCUGUCUCUUACAUUGUUAUUACGGACAUGUUUACAUUCCAUCUUCGCGGUCAAGUCUCAGCCUUCAUCAACGUGUGCGGCAAAGGCGCCAACUUCAUCCAAGUCAAGGGCUUCCACGCUCUCAACCAAGCCAUAGGCAUCCAGUCCACCUUCCUGAUCUUUGCGCUCAUCUGCUUCGGAUCCUGUUUAUUCUCCAUCAUCUUCUUUCCAGAGACUAGAGGACGGUCCCUUGAUGAGAUAUAUAAGGAGCUUGCUGGGAAAAAUAAGAAGGAGGAUAAUCAAAAUCAACCUCAGGUCUGAAUUUAGCUAGUCUAAAAAAUAAGUAGAUAUUGCUGAGAGUAGUACUAAUAAUAAGUGACGAGCGAAGCUACUUAGAUGUGUGGUAGGUACCUAAUAAGUUUCCUAAACUAGUAAACCAAAGAUGAGUAAGAACAUUGAAAUUGAAUUGAGCAAUCAUAAAUUUCACAUAGUUUUAUGCGAAUAUUCAGUCGCACCAAUCGCUUCAUUACCAUUCCCACCUUAUUGACGAACUGCGUAUAUGUAAAUGGUGAAGUCAUUUUCGGUUAUCUUGUAGCACUACCGUGCUUCUGCUAUUCUUGUCACAAUGAUCCUGUUUGCUUUUAUAAAAGUGGUGAUGGUAGUGAAGAAUCAAAACGCAGUACAAAAUCGCAUAGAAUCACCCAUUAACUCAAAGUGAUAUAUAUCGGUUGAUUCACGAAGACGCGUGCUUUGUCAAGUAUUGUCAUAUGCUAUUAAAGUUUAGUUUUGAUAAAUCUGCGCGUAUCGUGAAAUAGUUAGGUACUAUAGUUACAUUACAAGAAAAAAUACACACACACUUAAGCGCCUUUCGAAAUUCUAUUAGCAAUACGUUCGUAAGGGUAUUGGCAAAUUAGAACAAAACUCCAAGCGGUAAAUUGUCUGUACAUAAUAUAUAUGUAUGUAUUUAUGUAUGUUUGUGUCACAUAUUGCACCGUAGUAUCGAAACAACUGAGCCGAUUGUGACGAAUGAGGUGUCAAGCGAUUCUUUUUUUUCUUAUUAUAUUUAUUUUAUUUACAAGACUUAAAUGAGUUGCUCCACGGUGUUGUCACAAAUGAAAAAAUUCGUUAUUCGAAUCCAAAAAAUUUUUUUUAACUCAGGCUAAUAUUGAUGCACGAGCAAGCGAAAACGAGCGUGCUAAGAGUGGAAUCAUGAGCGUUGCGAGGGUUAAACAAACCUUGCUACCCAGUGAAACAACAAUUUUCACCACACCAACGCGUAUAAUAUUAAAUAUCACUAAAAAAAACCGGACAAGUGCGAGUCGGACUCGCCCACCGAGGGUUCCGUACUUUUUAGUAUUUGUUGUUAUAGCGGCAACAGAAAUAAGUACUUAGGUACAUUAUCUUAUGUGUGAAAUUUUCAAUUGUCUAGCUAUCACGGUUCAUAAAAUACAGCCUGGUGACAGACAGACGGACAGACAGACAGACGGACAGCGGAGUCUUAGUAAUAGGGUCCCGUUUUUACCCUUCGGGUACGGAACCCUAAAAACAAUCUAUUGUAUCUAAUGACUUAGCCACUCCUGUGGAUAAAAUGCAACUUUCUCAUUAGUUUUUCAAGAAUAAAGAGAGCAUUUACGAGUUGGUGUGGUGAAAACGAUAUUUGACAAUCAAACAAAAAAAAAAAACUUAGGGCUUGAUCUAAAUUGAUACCGUUAUAAAUGAUGCUUCGCAAUCUUCGCGUACCUAUAUAAAUAUCGAUUUACCUAAGCACUAAAUUAUUUUUAUAAAAUUAAUUAGAAUUUUAUUUAUUUGUAGUGAUUAUUAUACCGGGUGGGGCCUGUAACACGAGCAAAUAAUUAAAACAUAGAUUGUACUCUUCAAACGAUGA